CCUCUCCCCUCUCACAUCCCAUACCACCAACAGAUCACAUCAACUAGCAAGAUACCGACACAAUGCCCUCCCCCCACCACAAACUCAUGCGCACCUGCCUCUCCCUCGCCGAGCGAUCUCCCCCGCGCCCAACCAACUUCCGCCUCCUCUCCAGCGGCUACACAAUGGAACUCGCCGGUAACACGCAUGCCGAGCAAUGCUGUCUGUCGAACUACGCGGCCGUCCACGGCGUCCCGGACGACCGCAUCGCCGAGGUCCUCCCCGCCACCCCGGGCCGCAAGCUCGUCAUGUACGUGACCAUGGAGCCGUGCGGGAAGCGGCUCUCGGGCAAUCUGCCCUGCGUGCAGCGGAUUAUCCAGACGCGCGCUGGCGGGCGUCCCGGCAUCCAAAAGGUGUAUUUCGGGGUGAAGGAGCCCGGCACGUUUGUGGGGCAGUCCGAGGGGUGUCGCUUGCUGACGGAGGCGGGGAUCGAGUGGGAGGUCGUGCAGGGCCUCGAGAGGGAGAUUCUGAUGGUUGCUACGGCGGGACAUGAGAAUUCGGACGAGGAGGUCAGGGUGGCUAUGGAGGGGGUCGAGACGAAUAUUGUUGAUGUUAGUGAUGAGGAGAGGAGGAGGCAGGAUCUUUUGCCGAGGAACCCGAAGAAGAGGAUGAUGGAGGUGUAAUUGCUGCUUGCGUUGCAUUGGGGAAGGGGGAGAGGUGGCUUGGAUACCGCUGGCGGUUUGGGGUUUCCCCCCCCCCCCCCC